AUGGAAAUCUGGGGUAGGGGCAUGGCAACCUGUGAUCACCUUUCGGUGAAGGCUAAUGCGCCUUGUGACCGUGCAGCGAGGCCGGGUCAGAAGUGGCGGCGAAAGGUGGGGGAUGCAAUAUGCGUUAAUGCGAGCGUAGAAUUCGAGGAAGGGAAUUCCCUUUCGACUUUAGGUGUAAUCGAGACCUUGGCCGUUGAGACCCAGGCAAUCAAGUAUCCUGGCAUCCCUUCCUCACUGGUACGGCCGGUACGAGGAUGGGCUGGAGAUGGAAUGAACCUGAGCAUUGCUGCUUUCAGGGAACGAACGCCGCCUGCAUCAUUCUGGAUAUUCAACGGGGAAACGGGGAACUCGCUGAACAUUGAGGCUCUUGGAUGUUCCGAGCAGUUGCAAACGGAAGAUAAGAAGUGGUCGACGAGGAGGGUCUUUGGUCUCUAG